AUGCUCGUUACGCACACAUCGCUGUCGAGCAUGGUGAACACUUCUGUUGCAGGUGCCCUCCCUCUGCCGCCCAUUCUCCCCUCAUCUCCAGCAUCGUUCCGCGCACCACUGUCGUCGACAUACUCUUCGCCGCGGUUGCACCGACACCAUCCGUACCGACAUUCUCCACCGGCGAUGUCCAACGCCGCCGCAUCGUCCUCUUCCACCACCACCACCGCGAGCCCUGUUGCAGUCGAGAAGCAGCUUCAGCAGGAAGACUUUUCGCUGAGCGACGAGGAGAUGCUCCUGUGCGACCGCGACGAAGAAGAAGAAGGCACGGGAGUCGACUCGGACGAGGUGUGGUCCAACUGUUCGUCCGCCGACAAUGCUCGGCAUGGACAAGGACGCGCCCGACCGGCGACUCACAGCGACGCGGCUGCUCCAGGCAGUGGUAGGUGUCGCAGCACGCAACAGCACGACGCAGCAAGCACCACCAGCAGCAACGGCCGCAGCAGGAGACUGCUCUCGCUGGAACAGUCGAAAGUGCUCUACAAAAUUUUGGACAAGACCCACUUCCCAUCAACACAACUGCGCGAAGCAGCAGCCUCGCAACUCGGCGUCUCCCCGCGCAAAGUCCAGGUGUGGUUCCAGAACCGACGUCAAGUGGGCAAGAAACGAAUGAUGGAAGCGGUCACGUCGAUCGUCGCGACGCAGCCCACGAUCUCGCUCGAGAUGCUGCAGGAACAGCUGCAGGUGACGCUGUCUCCGAGCAAGCCGGAUGGCUCUCCUCAGGUGGUGAUGGUGGAAGAUGAACGCACGCGGGCGUGGAGACGCCACACGAUCCGGCUGGCGCUCAACCCAAGCGAGCAGGAGGAGGCCGAGUGCAAGGCGGCACUGCGCGAGCUCGAACGCGGCUGUUCGCGUGAUCCGAGGGAAUUUCAGUUUCCACUCCCUCACCACCAUCACCACCGCCACCACCAGCAAGCGCAGAGGGACAGGUACGCUGGUCCCGCGCCAGGGUAUGCUUCGGAGGCAAGGGAGAUGGAGUUGCGCCGUGCGGUCACGGGUGCAGACGGGCGGUCGCGUAUCCGGGCGACGCGGUCGGCGGCGACGUUGCGCAUCAGUGUCCCGAUGAGUUCGCCUGCGCCGCUGAUCGCCACGUCGACGUAUGCAGAUGUGCAGAGCGGCGGGGCCACGCCGACGUACACGGGCCCUGGCAGCGCGACGCACCUCGAGACACUAUCCGCCCGCACCCCGCGCGCUGCCGGCGGGGAAGGGAUGCUCGUCAUGCCACCGCUCACCCCCACUGCGGCACGCAGCGCGAUUGCGCCGCCUGCGAUCGUGACCAGUCAGAAGGAGAGCUUCAGCAUCCCCGCACUCCCGCCGCCUGCGCACAGGAUGAACGACGACCGACGAUACCUCUACCAUCACCAGCAGCAGCAACAGCAGCAGCAGAGGGCGAUACGGGUGGAACCGCAGUACCAUGUGCAGCAGCAGCAUGGGGUGCCGCGGCGCGAUCGGAGCGCCACUUUACCCGUGCAGGCGUGGGAUGCGGAAGCGGUAGCGGUAGCGGAAGCGGAGAACUUCCCGCGCCACGUCCGGGGCAGCAGCGCCGCCGACUGGUAUGCCGAGCAACACUCGCGCACCUACUACCACCAGCAGCCGCAGCAGCAGCAGCAGCAGCGGGCGAGGGUGUCGCCACCGUACCCGUCCACUGUGCCCAAGUACACAGGCGGAGACCGCGCGGUGCGCUACCGCUCGGCGACGGAAACACAAGCCGCAGCGCGCCUCGCCCCGUUGCUGCCCUCUAUGCACUCGAACACUGCCACCUCGUCCAGCUUGCCGGCCGGGGUGGCGCAGCAGCAGAGGCGCGAGAAGGAGAGGUAUGCGCCCUAUCCGCCUUCUCGCACGUAUCCUGCACAGCAGCCGCAGCAGCAGCAGUACGCGGGGAUGCUGCGACCACCGGACAGCGCGGGUCUGGCGGGCGGCAGGAGCAGGAGUAUCUCGACACCACUCCACCGGCCGCUGUUGGAUCUACGCCUGAGUAGUCCCAACCCGCGCUCGAGGGCGGCGAGGCGCGCACUGUCGCCUCCCGCCUUCACGUCGACGCGACGACGCGAUGAGGAGUGCGAUGCUUUUCCCGCGACCUCUGCGGCAGUCGCAAGUGGCGGAGGUGCUGGCACUCCGCCGCCGCCGUCGUCGUCAUCGUCGUCGUUGUCUCUGCAUCGCCACCUCUCCCCUCCAGAUCAGCCGCUCCGCCUGCGAUCCGCCACAUCCUCCUUCGAAUCCGUCCUGCGUCACCACCAGCAGCAGCAGCAGCAGCCGUUGGAACGGCACACGGCCAAUGCAGCUGCCCAAGCCGCCGAGUCGCGAUCGACGCUGAUGGACGUCAGGACCCUCACCAACGCUUCGUAG